AUGGCAUCCAACGGCUUUCCUUCCAGCCCCCUCGACCCCCUGAUCAAUCACCAUCACCCUCUUUCUAGCCCCCAGAGAUGUAAUCCCAGUCUGCCUCCCCAGACCCGGGAUCCCCCCGAUGUCCAGCCAGUACCCGAGCAGACCCUCCCCUCCGAGCUCGACCUGUCGGACAUUCCGAUCCAAAACGCGCCAAUUAGCAGCAAUCUCCCGUCGACGCCCAUCUCCCGUUGGCUUCGAACAGUCGAGCUGGUUCCGCCAACGGGCUUGCGGGUAACAUCUUACUGGAGCCCGGACAGCGACUCAUCGGCCGAGGUCACAUCAAACGACUCCAACUGUGGGGACCAGGAGGAACAAAGUCCCAUGCGGGCCUUACGGGCGUUCCACUUCGACCGCUGCGAAUUCACAUGUGGGGAACGGGACGACCAGAUUCCAGUGCGGAAGUUUCAUAACUUCGAAUUCAACCGUGGCGGCCACUACUUGCCCGAGGGCAUCAGCCCCACCAACCCCGGUCACCACGCUGUCGAUGCACAGCCUGUCCCCGGACCAAGCACCAGACGAGUGCUGCCUUCCGAAAGCCCGCUGAAAAGGAAAUCGAAGACGAAUCCAAGCGGCAAGCCCCCCGGCAAGGGCAAGAAGAAACACACCGCCUCGACUUACAUCCCGUGCCGGGUCCCGGUCGUCAUCCCGAUGAGCAAACUGCGCUCGGAUAAACAGGCCGAAAAGAGGCGGCAGCUCUCUCCCCACGGUCCCCUUCUCGCCCCCUCCCGCCCCUCCCCACCUCCCUGCGAGCAACCAAUCUAA